AUGAAGUUCUUCAACGUCGUUCUUGUUGCUGCUCUUGCUGCUUUCACCAAUGCUGCUGCUGUACCAAACCCCGAAGCUGCUUUGGACACUAACCCUCUUGAAAAGCGCUGCAAAUCGACCCGUACCCUUUGCCUGACCGCCAGCGAGUGCUGCAACGGUGCUUGCUUUGCUAAUGGUAUCAACAAGUUCGUCAAGUACUGCAAUUAA